AUGGCUACGCUUCAGAAUCAUCACUUUGUCAACGGCCAGUGGGUGUCCGAGGAGAUUCCCGUGCACGACCUUGCGAAACCAAGCGUCCGUCCACAGCCGAGACUCGAAAGACAACCGGCUCCGAAGCCACCUGUUUGUGGUGUGCUCACCAAAACAAUAAUCGAGAGUCCUAUCAUUCGAUGGGCGUUGCCAGUUCAGCUGCGGUCUUCUCGCCACAUCGAUGUUGCCUUGGUGGGGGAUCACGGCGUGCAGAUAUGCGAGCUUGGUCGGUAUAGGCAACUUCACGAAGUUGCCUGGAAGAAUGACUUUGGCUCCCGGAUACGUAAUGCUCUGGUUAUGGGCAAUCCUCUUUACCCAUUCGGGCUCCAGAAAGGAACUGAAGACAGCACACAGCCGACACAAGAGAAUAGCGACACAGAGAUGAUGAAUUCCGGCAAUCCAAUAUCCGAGUUCAAAAGCGAGGAAACCCAGUUUCAGCAGCUGCUGGUACUCGUGCUCGAAAGCGGCCAGGUGGUCUUUCUCUUCAUGCAACCAACAUCUGCCGGCAGUUGGGAGUUUGUCUCCACAAUCCAUACCAUAAAGGGUCAACGUCUAGUAAAUCCGGGUUACCAUAUGGCUAUCGAUCCUUCCAGUCGCUAUUUGACCCUUGCGUGCUCCGAGAACCUCUUCAUCAUGUACCAGCUGGAGCAGGUGAAAACACUACGUCUCCAGCACUCUCGAGAGCAGCCACUGCAGCCCAUCAUGACGACCCAGGCUCGAGCUGUCAAGGGAAUAAUCCACAAAAUCGAGUUCCUUCAUCCCCUUCCGCACAACGACGGCCAAGUCAUACUGCUUAUCAUCAUGAUACAAGCAGAGGUCUCCAAACUGGCCAUAUAUGAAUGGGGUUCUACAGAGUCCCUUAGUGACGUCUUUGCCGCCGAGAAGUCGGGACAUCGGCUCGAUGAUACGUUUCGACUGCCCUCACUAAUUGUGCCUCUGACUGUCAGUAGCACCUUUCUCAUCAUCUCGGAGCAGAGCAUGGCAAUCUGCUCGGACGUUCUUGCUGGGCCACCUAACUUUAUCCAUUUCGAGCUCGACAGCACACAGCAUCACAGUACCCCCCCGGCGGUCUGGACAGCCUGGACUCGAGGUAUACGCAUUGCCGCGUAUCACGCAGAGUACAAGGAUGUCAUCUACCUAGCCAGGGAAGACGGGGCUGUCAAAUACCUCGAGAUUGAGGGAGAAUCUGGUGGUGAGCCAGACAUUGUGACGGAUACUGCUAUGACGCUUCAGUGCAACAUCGACACAGCCUUCGCAUCUCUAUUCGACCCCGAAAGUGACGUUGUGUCAGAGGGUAAAUCUGGUGGAGAUGUUAUAGUAACUGGCGGAGAUUCUGGUUCUGGUGUUCUCUCUAUUGCGCUACCAAGGGAGACGCUGCAGCCCAUUGGCACAAUCCCGAACUGGUCUCCCACGGUAGACUUCGUGGUGACCCCUGGUCCGUUCACUGGGGCAAAUGAAGAGCUUACGAGAAGUCGUGGGUCCACGUCUUCAACCAGGAAAGUCACGAGACCAGAUAGAGUAUUUGCCUGCUCCGGGCGAGGAACUUCGGGAGCCAUCAUCGAAUUGCGAUAUGGUAUUGAGGCUAAAAUCGGCUUGGACCUCACAUAUAUUUCACCCAUCAAACAGUGCUGGGCGCUACCUACCUGCUACGAUGACACCUUGGACGACGGGUUCUUCAUGCUGUUAGGUCUGCCAGAUAGCUCUGCGAUUUUGCAUGUCUCUCAAGACCUAUCUGAUGUUUCUGAACGAGCUCAGAGCGCAGUGAAGCUUGAUCUUUCUUCAGCGACUCUGGCAGCCUACGAGGGCGAUGGCAUAGUGGUUCAGAUUACGACGGCACGUCACGUGACGAGUGAUAUUGUGGCAGACCCUGCAGCGGUUGUCGUAAAUGCUGCAGUGGGUAACGGUAUUUUCAGUCUGGCCGUGUACCGUGAGUCUUCAUUCAAAAUCAUGGUCUACAAUUAUGAUAGUACCAGCGUCUCCUUACCCCAAGAGUUCGAGGUGGAGGGGGAAGUAACUUGCCUCUCGGUCGAAGACAUGGCUGGGAAGCUCUUCGUCUUCGCUGGGCUCUGGCAAGGUGAAAGUCCAGUCAUGACGAUAUGCCCAACUACAUCCUCACAGCAUAUCCUCGCUAGUCCAAUCUCGUUCAAUCUCCAGGAAGUGACCGCCGAUGAUAGUCUGAACGAAAUUGUCAUCAGUGAACACGAAACCCUCGGGGCCAUCACGGGUAUUGUCUCUUCAAGCGAGCACCUCGGCCAAACAGCGGUAUUUGUGAGCACCAGAAACGGCAAUGUGCUCACACUUCGACUUGACCCUACGCGAUUGGAGAAAGGUGGUGACGUUGAAUCAGACCGCACCAUAUUUGGGACCUCGCCGUCCCACGUCUACAUGGGCACCGGUCUAGACGACUCCCCUUCGAUCCUAAUUUGCAAUGAUGCAGGGCUUGCCAUCUUGACAGGGUUCGCGACAUGCCACCAACAGGACUACGAUAAGGAGAUACACCGAGUUUGGCCAACCAAUGCAGUUGAGCCUGGAAUGCUUUCGCCCUCUGUUAAUUCCGUGGCAAGGAUGCAUCGAAUACCAGGCUAUGGGAAUUCUACGUUGGCGAUAAUAGCGGGUCCCCGGAUUCUAGUUACUGAGCUGCAGUCUCGAGCCAAGCCACUCCCGCGAUCAAUACCUGUGGAAGGCACGCCUAUGAAGAUCGUGUACUCCCCACGACUCGAGAAACUCAUCACCAUCGUUAUGAAGGAAGGUCUGCCCUCGUUGCAUUUCUUCGACCCUGAGACGGGAGCCGAUAUAUCUAAGCCAGCCAUAGAAUCGAAACCUGACCCACCGGAUUCCGACUAUAUCGUGGGCCUGGGUAACGAGGACUCGAAGGUCGUCUCUCUGACGGAGUGGCGAUUCACACACAAUGCGAAACUGUAUGAGUUUAUCGUCGUAUCCAUCAAUAUUGGACAAAAGCAGGGCUGCAUCCUGCUCGUGUCGACCAGAAGUGAUAAAGUAGAGACAGAAGCAGGCACUUCUACUCGAAUACGUUUCUGGACCAAGCAGAAGAUCAAGACCAAAGAUGCACUCAAGGCAACGACAACAGACGACCACGGUAUCUUCAUAUGCGCUGGGAGUCAUCUGGAAUACCACACUAUACAGGAUAAGGUCAUCAAGGUCAAGGUUACCCGGAAGCACGAGUUACCCUCUCCAGCUACAUGGAUGCAGGUAGUGGACGGGAGACUUCAUGUCCUCACCGCCAAGCACUCGCUCAUAGUCCUUGACUACACUACCAACCUCGAGAGCGACCAGAUGCUUCAUCUACACACAGAUGAUAUCUGCCGAAUUGGCCUACAUUCGAUCAAGGCGGACCACCGUAUAACCAUGGUGUCAGAUCCAAUGUGUGGUGUCUAUGGGAUGUGGUUACCACCUCAGGCCGAUAUGUCUCUCAAGGUAGUUUGUUGCGCUGAACUUCCAGCAUCAGUUAGACGAUUUGCUCGAGGUGAUACACGGCCGCCGUGGGCGUUUUCCCGCAGUGGCGCGCCAUGGUUCGGAUCCAUGCACUCUGGACAGGAUGGGUCCGAGAUCCUGGGGUUGAGUAUCGACGGAUCACUGCAAUACUUCUCGCUCCUGAGUGAGGAUGUGUGGCGACUGCUGAAAUACAUACAGAACCUGGCCAUGUCGUCGAGGGAAUUCUGCCCGUUUGUAUCGGUCCAUGAGGCUCUUACGACUUUCGAUCCGGAACCCAAGCUCGAGCCGAAGUCGUGCAUGCACGUCAAUGGAGACAUCCUACAAAUAUGUCUAGACAGACAUGCGCUGGAGGCGCUUUUCACUGCAGAGCCAGAGCACUUCGAGCGGUUCCGCGAACUUCUUCAAACCGCCGCGGGCGACAUCGAUACAAUUCCCUUCAAGGGUUCGGCUGAAGGGCUUUACUACAGACUUGCGUACCAGGUUCUGAGGGACUAUCUCUCGGCUGGGCUGUGA